UUUGAUUAUUUAAAUUAGCGAAAUGAGUGACAGGCAGAGUGAGUGAGGGAGAAAACACGCGCUCAAAUUGAAUAGUUUGUGCGGCCGAUGUCCGAAAAGAUCCAAAAAUAAAUGGGAUAGUAGAGCGUAGCGACCUGGACCAAAUCGGACCAUCGAGCGAAUCGGCAGUGCUUUGUUAGACCGCCGAACUGCGAGGCUGCGAGACUAGCGAAUUCACAGCAUAGAAUUUUUCGAAAAUGUAUUCAGUGCAGGGGCGACAUUCGCAGAGGCAACGAAAGCGACAGCCAUAGCACACCCACACACUGGCACCUGGCAUUUGGCAUUUGGCAUUUGGGAUCUAGCAUUUGAUAUCUGGCACCUGGCAUCCAUCACCCAUACAUCCGUAGAUCCACAGAUCCACAGAUCCGCCGACACGAACACGGAUACGGAUACCGAUCACCCAUACAGGCGCAGAUCAAGAGCGAGAGAGAGAGUGUGUGUCUGUGUGCUUGAAAGAAAGUAGUUAAAAAGGAAAACUAGGAAAAGCUAAAGAAACCACCUCCUGACUCUCUGUUUCGUGUGUGUGUGUGUGUGUGCGCACCGGAAAUGGCCAAAUUAGUGACUUACAUCUUCAUCGCCAGCUCGUUGGUGCUCUGGUACCUCCUGCUCUUCGGGGGCAGGGGCAUUAGGGGCGUGGAGGCCACCAAUGGGCAUGGGGGGCAGUUGGAGGGGCGCGACUUUCACCACCACGGGGGUAGCCAUCACAUACGCCGUAACAUAAACCAUUGCUGGCGUCGUUACGAUGGCUACAAUCUGCAGAACACCGUGGUCAAUAAGAAAGAGCAGCUGAAGAAGCCCUAUGGCAUACUUUGCAACUUCAAAUGCACCUGGUUCUUCACCGUCAGCUUCCCAACUUGCGAGUUCAUCUACGACUAUAAGUUAUCCUGCGUGCUAUUCACGUCACUGCCCGACUGCACCAGCGUCCAGUGUACGCUCUUGAAUUACUUCGAGUAACUAGUGUAUUUAUUUAAGUUUCUUUUUUUUUUUUGAUAGCAUAAGUCUGAUUAAUACUAGAUUUUAUAUGGACAUGUAGUGAGUGAGCGAGUGAGAGAGAAAGUAUUAUUAAAUCAAACACCUAAUUUAUGAA